AGCUUGGUGGAUGAUACCGGUCACGGGCAUUUCAAAGCUGGACAUACAACAUAAAGAUGUUCUUUACAUAUUAAUUCAGCAAUCAUCUGGUCAUUAUAUCUCACUGGUUCCUAUGGCAAGCGAUGGUUGUAUAUGUAGUUUUCGAUCAGAUCAUAAAGGAGGUUUGAUAUUAUUUAUCAUCAAUGAUAGUGGAGGAGAUAGUAAAGCAAGAUUUGUUGUAGGCCGUGGAAAUGAUCCAUAUAUGACUGCUAAAGCAUGUAUGAAUUUUAUCAAUGAAAUUAAUGGAAUUAAUGGUGUUAAAACCAAUAGUA